CGUCUAUGGUUUGGGAGACGUCAACGCAACAAAUUGUAAACAAUAACAAUAGAUGUAACAAUAUAAAACAUUUAUUUAAUAAUCCUAUGAAUUUAAUGAGAUGGAACAGUAUGAAGUCCUUGGUUCUUUGGGAGAAGGUUCAUUUGGUAGAGUUUAUAAAGCAAAACAUUUGACUGGUGGGCAAAUUGUAGCCCUCAAAGUUAUUAGUAAGCGAGGACGGUCAUUGAAAGAAAUCAAGGAUUUAAGAGGAGAAUUUGAGAUACAACGAUAUCUUCACCAUCCAAAUAUAAUACAAAUGCUAGAUUCUUUUGAAUCUGACAAUGAAAUAGUUGUGAUAACAGAAUUUGCACAUAAAGCAUUGAACACUAUCCUUGGAGAAUGUGGAUAUUUAGCAGAAGACCAUGUUCAAAAGAUAGUGUGGGAUCUUGUUUCUGCUUUAUAUUAUUUACAUUCACAUCGUGUACUCCAUAGGGAUUUGAAGCCUCAAAAUAUACUUCUAGAUACUAAAAAUCAUGCAAAACUGUGUGAUUUUGGAUUUGCAAGAAAUAUGAGUACAGGCACUCAUGUUCUAACUUCUAUAAAAGGUACCCCUUUGUAUAUGGCUCCUGAAUUGAUAGAUGAGUUGCCAUAUGAUCAUAAUGCUGAUUUAUGGUCACUUGGUUGUAUUAUAUAUGAACUAUUAGUAGGAGCACCACCUUUCUGUACAUCAUCAAUACUUCACCUUAUAAGGCUCAUUAAACAUGAGCAAAUUCAGUGGCCCUCAUUUUUAAGCAGUAUUUGUAUAUCAUUCCUUAAGGGACUUUUGCAAAAGGACCCAAAGAAAAGAUUUAGUUGGACUGAAAUUUUGAAUCAUCCUUGGAUAAAGGGUAAUAUACUUAUAUUAGAAGAUGAUCUCACGAUGCCUCUCACAAAAACAUUAUCUAUCAAUACUAUGACUCUGAAAGAUAUUCAAAGGAAAGAACGUGUAAACCAAAAAUCUGGUGAAAAGUUACCUGAAGAAAAUGAACAGAAAAAGAUUGAUCAAAAACUACAAAAUGAAUCUAAAAAAACUGAUUGCGAAAAGUUGGAUGCGGAAAAUAAUAAUGCAGAAAUUAGUGAUAAGAUGGACCAACUAUCAUUAGAUUCAAAAGAAGAAGAUGUAAAUGCCAAAGAAAUACAAAUUGAAGAAUCUCAAAAUAAGCUAAAAGAAAAAGAUAAUACUAAUAUAGAAUCAGAUUCAGAAAGCAGUAAAAGUGAAAAUAGAGUUACUCCUUUAAAAUUUUCCGAAGAAACACAUCCGAUCCAAACUGAAGAAUGGAGUGUGUUUUUAAUGAAAGCUACUGCAGAAAUUAUGGGACAAGAAUUAGCAUAUUUGACUCAACCUCAUCUAACCAGUAUUUUAGUCUCACCAUUGAAAAACUCUACUACAAGUCCAGAAGUUUUAAUUCAUAUAGCUAAGAUUUUGUCCAUUCCAUUUAGUACGAAGGAUUUUUCAAAGAAAACACUUAAAAGUAUUAUAAAGGUCUAUCUAGAGGUGAAAGUAGUGCCGAAUUUGAUAUAUUCCUCUAAAUUGCUGCUUUGUGAAAAGACUACCGAUUCCUCCAGAUGUACAGAACGAUUCAAGCUGUUAUCACAUUGGAACGAAGAAGAUUUAGAAGUGUUGUCUUCCUUUUAUAUCCUCAUUUCACAUUUAGUACAUCUGGACCAAGAGUUUCUCACACAGUUUUGUGAUACGUUGACCAUUUUGAACAUUUAUAAUUUAUUACGUAAAUUUCUCAGUCUAUCAAAAAGAAAACCGAGGGUGGUAUUAGAUGUUGUGAAUAUUCUUACUUUAAUGGUGUGGAAAUCUACCCCUUAUAUGGAGGUAGUGGAGAACAUACUGACUAACGAUGUUGGGAAUGAAGAGAACCCAUUUAAUUUUGUGAAUCUGCUGCGGCAUGAGAAUGCUCUACUGCGGGAAAGAGUGUGUUAUUUUAUGUUCUUCUUAGGGAAAAAAUCUCCAAAAGUACUUAUAAUCCUCUGGGAUGAAAAUAUCAAAGAAACUUUGGAAGCUCUUAUGUUUGAUUCAAUAGAAACAGUGAGGAAUGCAGCUGAAAGAUGUGUUGAUGAACUGAAAGGCAAAGAAUUCUACCAAUAAUAAUAAAUCUUCGAAUUUUUUAUGAGAAACAUGUUUUAUUCAAUAAAAAAAAUUAUUAUAUCUUA